AGCAAUCGCACCUCAACCUGUUCGCCAACCGGCCGCAGCCAAAGAAGAAGAGAAAAUCCCGGACCGCGUUCACGAACCAUCAGAUUUUCGAGCUGGAAAAGCGGUUCCUGUACCAGAAGUACCUGUCGCCGUCGGACCGGGAUGAGAUCGCGGCCGCCCUCGGACUCUCCAAUGCGCAGGUCAUCACGUGGUUCCAGAACCGGCGGGCCAAGCUGAAGCGCGACAUGGAGGAGUUAAAAAAGGACGUCGAGACGGUGAAGGUGUUGUCGGCGCACAAAACCUUCCUCGAGAACGUGAACGACAUGAACAUUCUGAAGAAGAAAAUCAUGCACGACGACGGUGGCAGUCCGCAGAAGUAA